GUUCUUACUAUACCUCAGUGAGAAAACCAGCUCUGGCCACAAGACUAAUUCAGGAGAACUUUUGUUUUAUGGCCUUAUAUCAGGAGCUGGUGAGGAAAGGUUUGAUUAAACAAUUCAGACUGAAACAAAUAAAUCAGAUGACUUAUAUGUAAGUAUAGCAAAUCAAUAUACAAUCCCGAAAUCAGCUGUAAUUGUCAAUAGUAAAACAAAGCUUAAYACGAUAUUUGAGUGAACUCUGAACCCUAAACACAGAAAAUGAAUGGUGAAUUCGACUGGACACAGUAGACUCCUCCUCGUAUUUAUUUACACAUUUUYGCGUGGUGUCAUUGCACAAUGGAACAACUGAAGAAAGAUGUGAAAUUUAAUCCAUCAWCAACAGCCAAUUUCUUUUCACGGGUGUUUUUCUGUUGGGUAACCCCUUUAUUCAGUAUUGGAAAUAAGCGGAGGCUAGAGGAAGAUGACAUGUACCAUGUGCUUCCUGAUGAUGCUUCUCAGGUCCUGGGAGAGGAACUACAGAGGCAUUGGGAUAAGGAGGUUCGAAUGGCUGCCAAGGAGCUGCGGAUGCCCAAACUCACCAAAGCCAUUGUGAAGUGCUAUGGGAAACCCUACGCAGUGCUGGGGAUCUUUAGUUUCACUGUAGAGGUGAUUAAGGUGAUCCAGCCAGUGUUCUUGGGAAAGCUGAUCCAGUACUUUGAGAAGUACGAUCCUGAUGAUAUGAACGCGCUGUAUGAGGCCUUAGGCUACGCUGCUGGUAUCUCUCUGUCCACUGUCGCGCUGACCGUCCUCCAAAUUCAUUAUUACUACCACGUCCUGAGGACCGGCAUGAAGAUACGAGUGGCCAUGUGUCACAUGAUCUACAAGAAGGCCCUGUGUCUCAGCAGUGCAGCGAUGGGAAAAACAACCACAGGCCAAAUAGUGAACCUGCUAUCCAACGAUGUCAACAAGUUUGAUGAGGUGACCACCAAUCUGCACUACCUCUGGAUAGCACCUCUGCAGGCUGUGGUGGUUAUCAUACUCCUGUGGUAUGAGAUUGGCCCGUCGUGCCUGGCAGGCGUGGCUGUCCUUGUGUUCCUCCUGCCACUACAGACCAUGUUUGGAAAGCUCUUCGGCUCCCUCAGGAGUAAAACKGCUGCCUUGACUGACAAUAGGAUACGCACCAUGAAUGAAGUGGUGUCUGGAAUCAGGAUCAUCAAAAUGUAUGCCUGGGAGAAGCCCUUCUCAGCACUGGUCAAUGAUGUCAGAAGGGAAGAGAUCUCCAAGAUCAUGUCAAGCUCAUACCUGCGAGGUCUCAACAUGGUCUCCUUCUUUGCGGCCAGUAAGAUCAUAGUCUUCAUCACCUUCGCCGUCUACGUCCUCCUGGGGAACACCAUCUCAGCCAGCCGGGUGUUUGUGGCAGUGUCUCUGUAUGGUGCCAUCAAGAUCACAGUGACCCUCUUCUUCCCACAGGCCAUAGAGAAAGUGUUCGAGACCAUCAUCAGUAUCCGCAGGAUCAAGAAUUUCCUUCUGUUGGAUGAGAUUGAGAGACCCAACAUGAGAUUUACCCUGGAGGAAAAGAAAGACGCCUCUGUUGAGAUCAAGGACUUAAUUUGCUACUGGGACAAGAGUCAGGACGCUCCAUCUCUCCAGAACCUGUCACUCACAGUGAAGUCGGAACAGCUCGUUGCUGUCAUUGGACCUGUGGGGUCUGGAAAGUCCUCUCUGCUCAGCGCCAUCCUGGGGGAGCUGCCUCACGACAAAGGGGUGUUGAGGGUCAAAGGUCAGCUGACCUACGCCUCCCAGCAGCCCUGGGUAUUCCCUGGAACCAUCCGCAGCAACAUCCUGUUUGGCAAAGAGCUCCAUCCUCAGAAGUAUGAGAAGGUCCUGAGAGCCUGCGCCCUCAAGAGGGACAUGGAGCUGCUGCCAGACGGCGACCUGACAUUGAUAGGGGACAGAGGAGCCACCCUCAGUGGGGGACAGAAAGCUAGAGUGAACCUGGCCCGGGCUGUGUACCAGGAUGCUGAUAUCUACCUGCUGGACGACCCUCUAAGUGCUGUGGAUGCUGAGGUCGGGAGACACCUGUUUGAACAGUGUAUCUGUGGUAUUUUGAAGAACAAGCCCCGCAUCCUGGUCACCCACCAGUUGCAGUACCUCCAAGCAGCCAACCAGAUCCUCGUCCUCAAGGAGGGUCACAUGGUGGCGAGGGGGACAUACUCCGAGCUGCAGCACUCUGGGGUUGAUUUCACCUCCCUGCUGAAGAGGGACGAGGAGGAGGAGCCACAAACCAACAACAAUCCCUCAGUGGUCAAACACGCCUUAUCCCAGAGCUCAAUUUCCUCCUGGAAUUCAGUGGUCUCCCACACCUCCUCCAUGCACUCUGUUAAAGAUGGAGCUGAACAGCUUCCGACAGUAGCAGAGGAGAGCCGAUCGGAAGGCAACAUCGGCGCCACCCUCUACUUCAAGUACUUAAACGCAGGAGCCAGCAUCCUGGUUAUGCUGGGCACAGUCCUCCUCAGUCUCAUCGCGGAGGUAGCAUACGUUCUUCAGGACUGGUGGCUGGCCUAUUGGGCUGGAGAGCAGGAGAAACUCAAUAUUAACGGCACUGUGAUUGUCCAAAAUGGCCUCAACAUCACUCAAGAAUUGGACCUCAGUUUCUACAUGGGCAUUUAUGCAGGUUUGACUCUGGCCUCGGUCAUCUUUGGCUUUGCCAGGAGUCUGGUGAUGUUCAAUGUGCUGGUGAAAGCUGCUCAGUCUCUGCACAACCGCAUGUUCAACUCUAUCCUCCGGACGCCUGUACGCUUCUUUGACAUUAACCCAAUUGGAAGAAUUCUCAACAGGUUCUCCAAGGACAUCAGCCAGCUGGAUUCCAUGUUACCUAAUACCUUUGUUGACUUCAGUCAGUCGAUCCUGCAGAAUAUCGGCGUAGUUGUGGUGGCAGCCUCCGUUAUGCCCUGGAUCCUCAUUCCUGUGGUUCCUCUUCUCAUUAUAUUCCUGUUCCUGAGACGCUACUUCCUGCAGACGUCACGGGACGUCAAACGCCUGGAGUCCACCACUCGGAGUCCUGUCUUCUCCCACCUGUCCUCGUCCCUCCAAGGUCUGUGGACGAUCCGAGCUUUCAGAGCCGAGGAGAGAUUCCAAAACACCUUUGACGCUCAUCAGGAUCUGCACUCAGAGUCCUGGUUCCUGUUCCUGGUCACCUCUCGAUGGUUCGCUCUCCGACUGGAUGGAAUCUGCGCAGCCUUUGUCACUGUCACUGCCUUCGGCUGCCUCUUCCUCAGAGAUGGGCUGGAGGCGGGAGCUGUGGGUUUGGUGUUGUCCUACGCCGUCACCCUUCUUGGGAACUUCCAAUGGACCAUUCGUCAGAGUGCGGAGAUGGAGAACAUGAUGACGUCAGUGGAGAGGGUGGUGGAGUACACAGAGCUGGAGAGUGAAGCACCCUGGGAAACCCAGAAGCGUCCUCCUCCUGAGUGGCCGAGCCAAGGCCUCAUCACCUUUGACCGGGUCAGCUUCUCCUACAGCUCAGACGGACCUGUGGUCCUGAAGGACAUGAAGGCCAUGUUCAGGCCCAAAGAGAAGGUUGGCAUCGUGGGCAGGACAGGUGCGGGGAAAAGCUCCCUGGRAUCGGCGCUCUUCCGCCUGGCAGAGCCAGAGGGCAGGAUCUACAUUGACGGAGUUCUGACCUCCGAGAUCGGCCUUCAUGACCUGCGCCAGAAAAUGUCCAUCAUACCUCAGGACCCAGUGCUUUUCACCAGCACCAUGAGGAAGAACCUGGACCCUUUUAGCCAGCACACAGACGAAGACCUGUGGAACGCUCUCCAAGAGGUCCAGCUGAAGUCUGUGGUGGAGGAGCUGCCCAAUAAGAUGGAGACGGUUCUGGCCGAGUCGGGCUCCAACUUCAGUGUGGGUCAGAGGCAGCUGGUCUGUCUGGCCCGAGCCGUCCUGAGGAAGAACCGCAUCCUCAUCAUCGACGAGGCCACAGCCAACGUGGACCCCAGAACAGAUGAGUUGAUCCAGAAGACGAUACGAGACAAGUUCAGGGAGUGCACCGUUCUCACCAUCGCCCACCGCCUCAACACCAUCAUAGACAGCGACCGCAUUCUGGUGCUAGGCGCUGGUAUGAUCCAGGAGUUUGACGAGCCGUACGUCCUGCUUCAGAACCAGGAGAGUGCCCUCUACAGGAUAGUCCAGCAGACGGGCAAGGCUGAGGCAGCUGCCCUGCUGGAAUCAGCCAAACAGGCGUAUAUGAACAACGGCAACAGCCAUGGUCCAAAAAUGGCCAACGGAGUGGUGGUGGUCUUUGAGACGGUUGUGUGACGGUGCAGAAAGAGAUAUCUGCCCAGUCACACAAGAUCUUUUCCAGAGCUGAUGGGUCAAAAGACCAAUUAGUGAAAAGGAAAAAACCUAAAUGCUAUUUUUAUGGUAAGAUGUUUGCAUGCAAAAUCAGGGAAGAUUUAUGGAACUGACUUAAAUUAUUUUUUAUUUAAAUAAGCAAAAAUGUAUUUCCUUAUUGACACUUUGCUGAUGUGUGUUGCAACAAUGGAAGUAGCAUUGCAUUUCAUACUUUGUGCCUCAAUCUUUCACUAUUUGAACUGCUGCUACUCCUAUUGAUUUAUCUUACUGCACAGGGCACUGUCCUGACAUGCUGCACUGUCUCUGCAAUCACUUUACUGGGCAAUGGAACUAAUUGGCGUGUGUAUUCAUAUACUAUACGUGCAACGGAAAAUUACACUUCACCAUUGUACGCACAUGAAAAGACAUGCUGUCAUUAAGCUAUAAGGGAUUUAUGAGAAUUUCUUGACCAAAGUGAGUAACCCAUGUAUGUCUCACGUUGUUUGCAUGAGUGAUGGUUGUAAGGACAGUCUAGAUCAUUUAAAAGCAGGAAUACCUACCCAUCAAUGUGAAAAUGUAUUGAACUACAAACGUAUCCCCUAAUGAGGCAGUAUGGAGAGACCUUAGAUUUAAAAAAAUUACAUUUUYAUUCCAUUGGUUUUUAAAUGUUUUUGUAGUGGAUGUAAUUGUUUUCACAAAGGKAUUCUUAUUUUUAUGUACCUAUAGCAACAGUACCUCAUUUUUACAAGUUUCAGAUAUAUUGAUUUUCCUUACAUAGAAGUUUGUAUUAAUUAAAUUUCACAAUAUUAUUGUACAAACUUAAGUCUCUUAUGUUACAUCUUCAACGCAAACAUGUAGUUGCUUUUCUUUGAGUUUGUUAAUACUAUCAGCAUUGACUAAAGAAAAAGGGACAUGAUAGCUCCUCAAUUUGACACCAUCUUUUCCUAGGAUGGUUUUGUAAGCCUCUUUCCACAAUUUCACUUUACCCUCUUCAAACACACUUACAGUAUUUCAUUAUCCACAUUUCCAGAUAAACACAGGUAAAGGAG